AUGAAGAUCCAGUGUGAUGUGUGUAACAAUAACGAGGCCUCUGUUUUUUGUGUUGCUGAUGAAGCUGCCCUUUGUGAUUCUUGUGACCAUCGUGUUCAUCAUGCCAAUAAACUUGCUGGCAAACAUCAACGUUUCUCUCUUAUUCAACCUUCACCUAAACAAAUAACUGUUUGCGAUAUUUGUCAGGAAAGGAGGGCUUUUUUGUUUUGUCAACAAGACAGGGCAAUUCUAUGUAGAGAGUGUGAUGUUUCAAUACACAAAGUUAAUGAACAUACACAGAAGCAUAAUAGAUUUCUACUAACUGGUGUUAAAAUUUCAGCAAAUUCUUCACUUUACUCUUCAUCAGAAUCUCCAUCAGCAACUUCAUCUACUACAAAUCAAGAUUCUGUUACAAAUCUCAACAAGUCUCAAAUUUACACAAAAAAGCCUUUGCCUUUGCCUGUUUCUGUUUCUGAUUCUCAACAAGUGUCAGUGGCAGCUAAUAUUGGGGAAACUAGUUACACAAGUAGUAUAUCAGAGUACUUAGAGAUGUUACCUGGAUGGCAUGUUGAAGAAUUUCUGAAUUCCUCUACAAUUCCUACCAAUGGUUUCUGUAAGAUUGGUGAUAAUGAUGUAUUCCCAAUUUGGGAUACUGAAAUUGAGAGCACUAUGAAUUCAUUCUCACCAGAAAGUAUAGGUAUUUGGGUCCCUCAAGCACCUCCAACUCCUACUCAGAAGAAGAAUCAGAACCAAAAUUUUCCACAAAAUAUAAACUUUGGUGGACAAAUUGAAUACAAGAACACAAAGGAAGUUACAAGCAACAAGCCCAGUAGAAAGUGGAGAGAUGACAAUUCUUUUGCAGUUCCACAAAUCAUCCCAUCUUCCAUUUCCUUCAAAAGAUCAAGAACUCUUUGGUAGUUGGAUCCAAUCAUCUUUUUCUUUAAUUCCCUAGUUUGAUUUUUUUUUCUUUUUUUUUCUUUUUUUGCCUUUUCUUGUAAAAAACAAUGAAAACAAGAACACCCCAUCUCUUCUUUUAUGCCCAAUUAAUACAACUUUAUUUUGUUGUGUUCUUGGAAUUAUUGUGCUGGUGCAAGGGCCUCUUUUGCUUUGUAAAUAUCUCUUAGGCAAAAUACAUAAACAUGCUCAAAUUUGGCCUCAA